GCAGCCUACAGACUCAACAAAUGAUACCACUUGGAGAGUUUAUUGCACUGUCAGUAUAACGUAGCCUAAAAUGUGUUAUGCUGAUUUUAUCGGACAGUUUUAUUUCCCUGGCUGGGCGAAGGACAGCUAUUAUAUACCUGGAUGAAUUGUCGACACUGUCUUUUAACUCGGGAAUGCAUAUUGUGGACUAGUAGUUGCAUUUAGGAUAUUUGUUUUUCCUUAUUCUGACCAUGUGGAAGUGUUGAAAUGCGCACGACAGUGGAUUCGGUUCCGCUUAUAAAUACUGUAUUUAAUAAUUACGGUAGUUCCGUGCUACAUGAUUUUUUUUAUUCGAUGCGUUUAGUUGAUGGCGACAGUUUUAUGUGACUCAACUCAACUUCUUCACCUGCGGCUGUUCCUUUUGAACACGGCCAGCUUGAAGACAAGGGUUUUACACACCACGAACUGUCAUUGAACAACCAUCCUGAAAGGAGUUACAAGAGAGUGGAAUUUACUUUCUAAAACUUUGUAAUACCUCAACCAAGUUAUGACUUCGGUUUGGAAAAGAUUACAACGCGUUGGCAAGAAAGCUUCAAAAUUUCAGUUUGUGGCGUCUUAUCAAGAACUUGUGUUGGAAUGCACGAAGAAAUGGCAACCAGAUAAAGUCAGGGUGGUUUGGACCAGAAGAAAUAGGCGUAUGUGCUCUAAGCUUCAUGGAUGGCAGCCGGGCAUCAAGAACCCCUACAGGGGGAUGGUGGUUUGGCCCGUACCUGAAAACGUGGAUAUCUCCCUCACACUCUUCAGGGAUCCCCAUUCUGAUGUGUUUGAAGACAAAGACUGGACAUUUGUCAUUGAGAGUGAGACAAAGGGUCAACGUAAGGUCUUGGCUGCAGUGGACGUGAAUAUGAAGAAGUUUGCCAGUGCCACUCCCACUCAGCAAGACCUGACAUUGAAGCUGAAGCCCCUGUCUGUCAAGGUGCUGGAGGCCACUCUGAAGCUCUCCCUGUCCUGUGUGUUUCUCAGAGAGGGGAAAGCCACUGACGAGGACAUGCAGAGCCUGGCCAGUCUGAUGAGUGUCAAACCCACAGACAUCGGUAACCUUGAUGACUUCAACGAGAGUGAUGAGGAGGAAGACAGGAGGUCUAGUGCUGGAGCUAGCAUUAGCAAAGCUGCCGCAGGUACACUUCAAUUAUACACUCAUACAUACAUUGUCAGAUAAAACCUUACCUUCUUUGAUGCUUUCUGUUGUUCAUCUCUCUAUUUGAUGCUUUCCUUUCUCUCCAAUAAAUAAUGGCAUCCCCACUCUAUCGCUUCAUUUUUUAAAAGUCUAUCUCCUAUCCCUUCUUUUUAAUUCUCAUUGCUUUCUUUCACCACUUUCUCUGCCAGCUCUUCUCCCUCCUGCUUGCCCGGUGCCUCCCCCGGGAAGGAGGCCUGCACCACUAAAGAAACCCCCUGUCAUAGGUACCCUGCCUCUC